CAGCUGUAUGUUUAAACUUUGACGCAUAUAUUGUGCGCAUUGAGGUUUGUGUUUUUUAUUUCUAACCUGAUUAUCAAGUUGACUCGAUCUUUCUGUUCAUUCUACUCAGAAAAGGAAUUAUUUUGGCAUUAUUUUCGGAAAGGCCGAAAGAAAAAACCAAUGCGUUUUGUGUGUGUGUGUGUGGGGGGGAUGUGAGUGAGUGAGGAUAAGAAAAUGUUUGAAGACUCAAUCCACAUAGAAUAAUGCAAAACGUCACAUUCUUUUCAAUCUCUGGAACUUUUGCGAACAAACAAAUAAAAUUUUUUUUGCUCACCCGAACUUUUUUCUUUAUUUUUGUAUUUUUACACUUUUUCAUUCCUUAAUUCCUCAUUAUUAUUUUGUACAUUCGGACAAAUGUGGAAAAGCGUUCCGAUGAAAAAACACGACACCUCAGAUGAUACACCAGUAUCAGCAUCAGUAACAUCAGCAGCACUGACACCUAGCAACCCACGGCGGACAGAAGAAUGGCAGAGCGAAAUAACGCCCAUUAGUGAGUACAUCGAAAUGGACACACUGAUCAAACAGAACCCUAGCAAACCAACCCACCGCAAAAUCAGCACAUCCCUCACAGCUUCUUCUCCCUCAAUUUCCGGAACCCGGUCGAGCCAAGACGACACCCUCACGGAUGCAUUCCAAGAGCACUACCAACACAUAAAGAUAGAGUACAACAGUGAUAAAAGCGGUAAAUUCUCCAUAAAAAAACUUUGGCAGUUUAUCGGACCCGGCUUACUCGUCAGCCAAGCGCUUUUGGACCCGGGCAAUAUUGAAAGUGACAUUUCGCAGGCAGACACUUCCGGGUACAAACUGCUCUGGCUUUUGCUGCUUGCGCAUAUUAUUUGCAUUUUCGUGCAGUGCCUGGCAGCGCGUCUGGGGGUUAUCACGGGGAGACACUUGGCGCAGCAUAUCAAGGCACAAUACCCCUUGGUGUUUGCGGUUAUGUUCUGGGUGAUUAGCGAGCUGGCAAUUAUCGGGGCGGACAUUCAGGAGGUUAUUGGUACAGCCACAGCGUUACAGAUCCUAACGGGGUUGCCGAUUUGGGCUGGGGUAGUGAUAACGGCGGUGGAUUCUUUUUUAUUUCUAUAUAUUCAGAGAUUUGGCGUGCGCGUCAUGGAGCUGGUCUUUGGGCUGCUGGUCACUGUGUUGGCGGUGUGUUUCUGGGUUGAAAUGUUCAUGAUCAAGCCAGAUGCGCGCGAGGUCAUCAAGGGAAUGUUUAUCCCGCGGAUUCCCAAGGGCGCUGUAGUCCAGGCUGUGGGUAUCAUUGGGUGUGUGCUGAUGCCUCACAAUCUAUAUUUGCAUUCGGCGCUCGUCGGGAGUCGCAAAUUGGAUAGGCGUGAGGUCUCGAGGGAGGGUGCAGUUCGCGAGGCUAUGCGGUAUUUCCGGAUUGAAACAUCAAUUAGUCUCGGGUACGCGUACUUGAUCAAUAUGUCUGUGGUGGUGGUAUUCUGCAAGGCAUUUGAGGUUCUGCGGAUGCAGGGGAAUACCCAGUAUGUGGCUAGUUUGGCGGAUGGCGCUUCGGUGCUGUCGAGUGUGCUUGGGUCCGGUUCAAAGUAUAUUUACGCAAUCGGGUUGCUCGCCAUAGGACAGUCGACGACGAUGUCGGGGACUUUGAGUGGGCAGUAUGUGACGGAGGGAUUUUGGGAUAUGCGGAUUAAACCGUGGCAGCGGGUUCUCGUCACACGGUCGAUAUCCCUUAUUCCCGCACUUCUCGUUGCCGUUCUGGCCAGCAGCCAUAUGGAUAUGCUGAGCGAAAUCAUCAAUGUCAUUCAGGCAGUGGUUCUUUCCUUCACUAUUAUUCCGUUGUUGAAGUUCCAGGCGCAUGCGGGGAUUGUAGGGAAAGAGUUUGUGUUUGGGAGGGUGGCGCGGGUGGCGGCGGUGGUAUUGACGUUGGCGAUCUGUGCACUUAAUGCAUAUAUGGUGGCGAGUGUUAUUCCGCUGAGAUCGCCGGGGAUGUAUGUGGCAUUGGUGGCUACGGUGUUGGUGUAUUUGGGUGUGCUGGCGUAUACUGCGGCGUUUCCCCUGAGGUGUGUAUGGGGGGAGGGCGCUUUGGUGGAUAGGGCACCCGGACCAGUGCGAUGGAUGUUUGGUCGUGUCAGUUUUGGACGAUAGACUUAUUCAUUUUUUGUUUUGUAUGUGUUGAAUAGAUAUUGCAUCUGUACGUUUGGCAAGGAAUGAACUAAAAUAAUCGGACCGGACCGGACCGGAUCGGGAGAAGGCGGACUUGAGCACUGUGGAAUGCCAAAAAAAAACAGAAUGCGAGAAUGUGGGAAUGCAUGCGG